UCGGCUUUGAAAUUUCGAGUCGUGAACUAUCCGCUCUCAGCGUCCAGCUGGAAAACAGGGUUGCUUGUGCAGCGCCUGUGGUACCCAAGGGCCAACGACCUGGCUUCUGAAACUGUCAUCAAAAUAACUUCAGAGAAGGAGCUUACGGUAUUCUUGUUCCUAACCACCCUGGGACAGGACCCAGCAUGUCACAGGCCACCAAGAGGAAGCAUGUGGUGAAGGAGGUGCUGGGGGAGCACAUGGUGCCCUCUGACCAGCAACAGAUUGUGAGGGUACUCAGGACACCAGGGAAUAAUCUGCAUGAGGUGGAGACAGCCCAAGGGCAGCGCUUCCUGGUGAGCAUGCCAUCCAAAUACCGCAAGAACAUCUGGAUUAAGAGAGGGGACUUUCUCAUUGUUGACCCCAUUGAAGAGGGAGAAAAGGUGAAGGCUGAGAUCUCCUUUGUUCUCUGCAAGGACCAUGUGCGCUCUCUGCAGAAGGAGGGCCUCUGGCCUGAGGCCUUCUCUGAAGUGGCUGAGAAACACAACAGGAACAGACAGACUCAGCCAGAACUCCCAGCUGAGCCACAGUCAUCAGGAGAAGAGUCUGCCUCUGAAGAUGAUUCUGACCUCUUUGUUAACACCAAUCGCAGACAGUAUCAUGAGAGUGAGGAGGAGAGUGAAGAGGAAGAGGUGGCCUGAGACUCUGGGAUCCACUUUUCCACUUGCUCAGGGACUACUCCCAGGCUCCUCUGGGCUUGGACAUUCCCAGGGUGCCCUGCAGAUCUUUACCCCUGGAUGGGGACAAGGCAGGACCCUCUUGAACUGACCUUUUGUCCUAGGAGAAUUAAACCCCUGGUGGGUGGUGACUUGUA